CCCGCCCUAAUGCUGGAUAUAAGGGCCGGAUACAGCACUUUUGCCGCUAGAACUUGUUGCACUUUCGAGCUUUGCUACUUUGGUCUUCCGUCGCGUCGGUCGAAAACCUCGAGACACAAUGUUGAGCAAGAGGUUCCUAUUUGCGUUGGGCGUUUUGGUGGCAGCUGCCUGCAUCGAGGCCAGGGAGGAGGGCCCUCAUGAUAUGGCGGAUGCACUGCGUAUGCUGCAAGAGCUUGACCGGUACUAUACACAGGCUUCUAGACCGAGGAUUGACCGCCGCGACGUAGCGGCAAUGGAUCGGGUCGACCCAGACUUGUUAGAUCGUGCUGUGCGGCUCCUACAGCUGCAGAAACUAGACCGCAUUUACUCCUACCACACCCGACCAAGGUUUGGAAAACGAUCGGAGGUUUACUCAAACUGGGGAAAGGAUCUUGAAAAGCCAGAUUUACCAGCCUGGUUGGCAUAUGCUAGAAGGAGAUGAGAGAUGCAAUCGGUCAACUCAGCUUAAUACCAUCACGGAACUUUACUACAAUGCUGCUCUGCUGAUCUUCAUUUCCUUAGAUCUUUUAUUAAAGAAUUGAUGUUCCUAUUUUUGUUCUAUUAAGUAGUCUAUGUACUAUGUAUAUUGUUAUUGAUGUACUACAUUCAACGUAAAGUUAUGAAAUAUAAGCAAUUCCAAU